CCGGAAGCGGUGGCGGGCAGGGGCGGGGCACUGUGGUGGCCCGCUGGUCAGGACCUGUACCGCGCCGGGCCGUGGGGCGUGGGGCGUGCCUCCUGUCAAGAGCCAUGCUCGGCAGGUCCGGGUACCGGGCGCUCCCCUUGGGGGACUUUGACCGUUUCCAGCAGUCGAGCUUCGGCUUCCUGGGCUCGCAGAAGGGCUGCUUGUCCCCGGAGCGGGGCAGCGUGGGCCCGGGGGCCGAUGCACCCCAGAGCUGGCCCUCCUGCCUUUGCCAUGGCUUCAUCAGUUUCCUGGGGUUCUUGCUGCUGUUGAUCACCUUCCCCAUUUCAGGCUGGUUUGCCCUGAAGGUCGUGCCCACCUAUGAGCGCAUGAUCGUGUUUCGACUGGGCCGGAUCCGCACCCCUCAAGGACCCGGUAUGGUUCUGCUCCUGCCCUUCAUUGACUCUUUUCAGAGGGUGGAUCUGAGGACACGAGCCUUCAAUGUUCCUCCCUGCAAGUUGGCCUCAAAGGAUGGGGCUGUGCUGUCCGUGGGAGCCGAUGUCCAAUUCCGCAUCUGGGACCCAGUACUGUCAGUGAUGACGGUGAAAGACUUGAACACAGCCACGCGAAUGACAGCCCAGAAUGCCAUGACCAAGGCCCUGCUCAAGAGGCCUCUGCAGGAGAUCCAGAUGGAGAAGCUCAAGAUCAGCGACCAGCUCCUGCUGGAGAUCAACGAUGUGACCAGGGCCUGGGGGCUGGAGGUGGACCGCGUGGAGCUGGCAGUGGAGGCCGUGCUCCAGCCACCCCAGGACAGCCCGACUGGGCCCAGCCUGGACAGCACCCUUCAGCAGCUGGCCCUCCACUUCCUGGGAGGAGGCCUGUCUUCAGUGGCAGGAGGUGCCCCUCUCCUGGGUACAGCAGAUACCUUGGAGAUGGUGAGUGAGGUUGAGCCGCCUGCCUCUCACGCUGGUGCCGGGUCCAGCCCCAAACAGCCUGUGGCCGAGGGGCUGCUGAUGGCCCUGAAACCCUUCCUGUCUGAGGCCCUGGUCAGCCAGGUUGGAGCCUGCUACCAGUUCAAUGUCAUCCUUCCCGGUGGCACCCAGAGCAUCUACUUCCUGGACCUCACUACAGGGCAAGGGAGGGUGGGACACGGGGCGCCUGACGGCAUCCCUGACGUGGUGGUGGAGAUGUCUGAGGAGGACCUGCAGGCCCUGUUGUGCAGGGAGCUGCGGCCCCUUGGGGCCUACAUGAGCGGGCGGCUGAAGGUGAAGGGCGACCUGUCUGUGGCCAUGAGGCUGGAGGCUGUCCUCAGGGCCUUGAAGUAGCAGGCUUGGCUGACUGUCCACAGCCCAGCCCCAAGCCUAGCACCAAGCCAGGGGGGCGUCUUGGAGGAGGAUGCAUUGGCAUUGCACCUUGGAUUAUUGACAAGUUUCAGGCCCAGCAGGAGCCAAGGAGUGGAGCUGGGAGACACAGGAGACUGGGAGAGGUCGGGUCAGGCAGCCCUGCCCCUCUUACCCGCUUGGUUCUUUGGACAAGCCUUUGCUGAUCCUGGUCCCCUGCCAAGUGCCCAGCCUAAACUGGGCACACAACACCAUGACAGGAGAGCCACGCCUGCUCGGGCCUGCUGGCCACCUGACUGGAGAGGUAGGGGUGACAGAAACAGCCUGACAGCAGCUGGUUUGGUCUCAGUGUGAGGGAGCAAUGCAUGUGGCUCGGGCCCCUGGCUCCAGAGCAGGGGUUGGAGAGGCUGGGGGAGGGGGAGGGAGAGGGGAGGUGGCCACCCAGAGGAGGUCCCUGCAGUGGCAGGGAGCUGGGGACCAGACUGGCCCACCUUGCUGAUUGCAGGCUAGCCCCAGGCUAGCCCAAGGGAUGAGGGGGACAAGAAAGAGUGGGGCCUGCGCCUCCCGGCCCUGCUCCUGAAGAUGUCUUGUCUCAUCUCCAGCUCUUGUCUUGCAUGCCUUAGGGGCCAGGGCCCAGGGCAGCAUGCAGGAGAGCCCUGCCCUUUCUGUGCCUCCUCCCAGAGGUUUGAAACCUUCAAAUAAAUAUGGUGUUUACAAUGUA